AUGGGUGUCGUAGCUGUUGCUGGCGGCACAGGUGGUGUGGGCAAGGCCAUUGUUGAACAGCUUCAACUUGCGAAGGCUUCGUUCAUCGUUUUGAGUCGGGAGAACAAUGCAUCGCCAAUCGGUCCACCGUCAGUGAAGGUCGACUACGAAGACGUGGAAUCGUUGACCGAAGUCUUGAAAUCAAACAAGAUCGAUACGGUCAUCAGCACCAUUUCCAUAGACUCCGAGGCAUCCUUUCAAGCCCAGCUCAACUUGAUCGAUGCAGCAGUGGCUUCGAAGACGACGCGGCGCUUCAUACCCAGCGAGUUUGGGGUUCUCAACAGACCCGAAGACGUCAAAAACGAACCUUACACGACACCGUGGAUGAAGACUGCCGAAAGGCUAAAGGCUUCGGGCCUCCAGUACACCCGUUUCGUGAACGGCUUCUUGAUGGACUACUGGGGGAUGCCUCACUUCCCUAGUCACUUGUCGCCAAGUAUUUUUUCCAUCGAUGUCGGCAACAGGAGAGCUGCGAUCCCUGGCUCCGGUGACGAUGUCCUCAGCCUGACUCACUCCAACGACGUCGGCCGCUUCGUUGUUCGUUCCCUCGACUCCGACGACUGGCCCGAGUACAGCAUUGUUGUCGGAUCGGACAUGACUUUGAACGAAGCGCUGGCCACGAUCCGGGGUGUUCGAGGCGGCACUUUUGAUGUGACGUACGACAGUGAAGAGAGACUCAGAAACGACGAUGCCACUAUUUUGGAGGAUUUAGAGGGAGACGCGGCCCGGCAGGCGAAGCAGAUGAAUUCCUUCUUCGGACGACUUAUCAUCAAUCAUCUGAUGGAAAUGCCAAAGGAGAAUCGGUUGAAUGCCAAGUACCCGGACAUACGCCCAAUCACUGUCCAAGAGAUGGUAGAGGAAGCUUGGAAGGGGAGGUGA